CCCCACUUUGGGCACCAAAAGGGGCCGGGGACGUCCUCGCAAAGCAAAUCUUUUAGACUCCAUGAUGUUUGGUACCCCCGGGGGCCUGCGAGAGGCCGGCAUCCUUCCUUGUGGUCUCUGUGGGAAAGUGUUCACAGAUGCUAAUCGCCUACGGCAGCAUGAGGCUCAGCAUGGGGUGACCAGCCUACAGUUGGGUUACAUAGACAUCCCACCACCAAGACUUGGUGAAAAUGGGGUGCAUGGUCAGGACAGUCCUGAUGCCCCCCGAAAGAGGAGCAGGAUAAGGAAGCAGGUGGCCUGUGAGAUCUGUGGCAAGAUUUUUCGGGACGUGUACCACCUGAACCGGCACAAGCUGUCACACUCCGGCGAGAAGCCGUAUUCUUGUCCAGUGUGUGGGCUGCGGUUCAAGCGGAAAGAUAGGAUGUCCUAUCACGUUCGGUCUCAUGAUGGCUCUGUGGGAAAGCCCUACAUUUGCCAGAGCUGCGGAAAAGGUUUCUCCAGGCCAGAUCACUUGAAUGGGCACAUCAAACAAGUGCACACGUCAGAGAGACCUCAUAAGUGUCAGCAGGAAAAUGGCAGCCACCAUGGAAUAAGCUCAGAGACAUCCACAGCCAUAGAAAAGUUGAAACUUCAAGAGGAGUCUUUCUCUAAUGAGACUUGUAAUGCUUCCUUUGCCACCCGUGACCGACUACGCUCACACCUAGCAUGCCAUGAAGAUAAAGUUCCAUGCCAGGUGUGUGGAAAGUACCUGCGGGCAGCGUACAUGGCAGAUCAUUUGAAGAAACACAGUGAAGGACCAAGCAACUUCUGCACUAUCUGUAACCGAGGUUUCUCCUCUGCCUCCUACUUAAAGGUCCAUGUUAAAACCCACCACGGUGUUCCCCUUCCCCAGGUCUCCAGGCACCAGGAGCACAUCCCGAAUGGGGGAGCAGCGUUCCACUGCGUCAGGACCUAUGGCAUCAAAGGCAAGCAAUUCCCUGCUCUGCACUGUGCUUCUUUGCACAGGACUUUGUGUUGUGUGGGGCAGGGCUGGGAACUGGGAACUUUCCAGUAUGGGAAAGGGAGGAGAGAAAGAUCGGGGAAGUCCUAAGGAGAAACUUAGGAAAAUGGAGAGGUUUCAUAGAGCUCAUUUCUAUAGUUUAUGCAAGGAUAUCUCUGGGUACCUUAUUGGGGGAAAUAGUAGAAAUACUUU